AUCCCUCCGCCGGGCCCUGGUCCCUUCUGCUGCCCCCCCCCCCCCCACUGCUGCAUCCCCCCGCCCGGGUCUCCGGCUCCUUCCCCCGCUGCUGCGGCUCCCGGAGGAGAACCCCCCCCCCCCCAGCCCAUGGCUCUUCGGGGCCGGGGGCGCCGCAGCCGGGGGGUCUGAGGCCGGCGCAGGAGCGGAGCGGCGGGGGCAGAGCAUGUGGGGGCCGCCGACCGGCCAGCGCCCCCGGGAGUGAGGGCAAGGUCCGUGUGCUGUGUGUGGCGCCCUCCGUCCCUUAGGAUGAGUAACUGCAGCAGCCGCGCGCUCACGCUGCUCAGUAGCGUGUUCGGGGCGUGCGGGCUGCUGCUGGUCGGCAUUGCGGUCAGCACCGACUACUGGCUCUACAUGGAGGAGGGCAUCGUUCUGCAGCAGAACCAGACCACCGAGAUCAGGAUGGCGCUGCACGCCGGGCUCUGGAGGGUCUGCUUCUUCGCUGGCCGGGAGAAGGGCCGGUGCGUGGCAUCAGAGUAUUUCCUGGAACCCGAGAUAAACCUGGUGACAGAAAACACAGAGAACAUCUUGAAGACAGUUCGCACGGCCACCCCCUUCCCCAUGGUCAGCCUCUUCCUUGUCUUCACGGCCUUUGUCAUCAGCAACAUCGGCCACAUCCGGCCCCAGAGAACCAUCCUGGCCUUCGUCUCUGGCAUCUUCUUCAUCCUUUCUGGCCUGUCUCUCGUGGUGGGGUUAGUUCUCUACAUCUCCAGCAUCAAUGACGAGGUGAUGAAUCGGCCCAGCGGGUCAGAGCAGUAUUUCCACUAUCGCUACGGCUGGUCCUUCGCCUUCGCAGCCUCCUCCUUCCUCCUCAAAGAGGGUGCCGGCGUGAUGUCCGUGUACCUGUUCACCAAGCGCUACGCGGAGGAGGAGAUGUACCGCCCCCACCCAGCCUUCUACCGCCCGCGCCUGAGCGACUGCUCCGACUACUCGGGCCAGUUCCUGCACCCGGAGGUGUGGCACCGCGGGCGCAGCCCCUCCGACAUCUCCAGCGACGUCUCCAUCCAGAUGACCCAGAAUUACCCCCCUGCUAUCAAGUACCCCGAGCACAUGCACAUAUCCACCUCCCCCUGCUAGGCCAGCCUCCCCCACCCCUGACCAUCUCCCACCGGGGCCUGCCAGCCGCCCCCCACCCAGAGACUGUGCAGAGGGGGCCCACCCGUGGAUCACAGACUGGGUGCUACUGGACUGAAACCUCUCCUUGUCCCCCCUUUCUCGCUCCCUCUGCACUGUCCCCGGAGGCCUCCCCCAUUUGGCCAUUUUGGCGGCAUUCGUGACAGGAAGUCACCCCAUCGGCCAUUUUGGUUGCCACAGGAAGGUGCCGGGAUUCCCAACAGGAAGCCACCUGCCAGCCAUUUUGUUUGUUAUCAUCGGGCCAGCCCCAGAUACUUUUUUUGUCCCCACAAGGGCCAGUUCCUAACAGGAAGUCACCCCUCCACCAUUUUCUCUGUCCCUGCUCCAAUCCCUUCCUCCCAGAUCCUGACAGGAAGUGGCUCCUCUGCCAUCUUUUUUGCCCCACAAUGGCCAACCCUGGUUAGGAAGCUGCCCCUCUGCCAUUCUGGUUGCCAUUGCACCAGCUCCCCUUGGUAUGGAUCCUGAGAAGAAAUGGCUCCUAACGCCAUUUUCCUCAGUUCCAGAAUGGCCAACCCUGACAGGAAGUCACUCAUCGGCCAUUUUCCUUGUUGCCAUGCCAGCCCCUUCCCCCCCCGCAGAUCCUGAGAGGAAAUGGCUCCUCCGCCAUCUUUGCUGCCCCACAAUGGCCAACCGUGACAGGAAGUCACUCGUCGGCCAUUUUCCUUGUUGCCAUGCCAGCCCCUUCCCUCCCCCCGCAGAUCCUGAGAGGAAAUGGCUCCUCCGCCAUCUUUGCUGCCCCACAAUGGCCAACCGUGACAGGAAGUCACUCGUCGGCCAUUUUCCAUGUUGCUGCACUAGUGUCCUCCCCCCCCCACGCCCCGAUCCUGAGAGGAAAUGGCUCUUCCGCCAUCUUUGUUGCCCCACAAUGGCCAACCCUGACAGGACGUCACUCGUCGGCCAUUUUCCUUGUUGCCAUGCCAGCCCCCUCCCCCCCCGCAGAUCCUGAGAGGAAAUGGCUCCUUCGCCAUCUUUGCUGCCCCACAAUGGCCAACCCUGACAGGAAGUCACUUGUCGGCCAUUUUCCGUGUUGCUGCACUAGUGUUCCCCCUCCCCCCCCCCCCCCCCACCCCAUCCUGAGAGGAAAUGGCUCCUCCGCCCUCUUUGCUGUUUUCCAAAUGAACCAGAUGGGGGAACUGCAUCAGCAAAUGGGGACACAGAGAAGGGCCCCAGGCCACUUGCUUCCCUUGGAAGCAACCCGACCCAGAGAGAUGAAUCAAGGGGAGCUGGAAAUAUAGACACCAAGGUCCGGCUAAAGCAACCGCGGCGGCUGGCUGCCAGCAGCUCGCCCUCAGAGACCCGCUCCCCCCUCGACCGCCAGAUCGGGGCCCCGUCUUUUUGGCUUCCCUCCGCCGAAGAACGGUGGACGAAGCCCUUUUCUUAGCAAGCGUGGGCACGACCGCGCCGUGCAUUAGCCCGGCCCAGCAACGGCCACUGUUAGCCCAGCUUCAGGCCAGCUGCCCCCAGGCUCUGCUUUGCUCUUUCCUUUCUUUCGAUUUGCUUUCUCCUUCCAUUCUUCCUGUCUCGCCCCCCUUUUUUCUUUUCCAUUUCCCGGCUCUUUCCUUCUUCCUCUCUUUGCCCUCUUUCUUUGGUUCCCUUUUUCUUUCAAUUUCCAUUUGCAAGUUUUCUUUGAUUCCUUCCUCUCUCUGCCCUCUUUCGUCCAGUCCUUCUUUUGUCCAUUUCUCUGCACUUCUUCUCUAUUGACUUUCUUUAUAUGUCCAUUUACAGGGUUCUUUCCCCCCCCCCUUUUGUUUUUCUCUUCCUUUCUCUACCCUCUUUUGUUCUUUCUCUGUUAGUUCCCUUCUCCUUUAGCCACCUCCGCCCGCUGGGGUGCAUCUCAGGCUGCAGUUCUUUUGCCGCGGUGACUGUGUUUGUGUCUGUAGAGGUGGAAGGUGUCUCCAUCCAUGCAGAGAUGAGGAAGGAGCCAAUAUAGUCGGAGGAGGAGAAGGAUGCCAGUGGAGAGACGGAGGAAGGGAAAAUAGGGGAGGGGGAAACAUGAGAAUGAAGGGAAGGUGGUUGAGGGAGGUGAGGGAGGGAAGAAAAGGGGUAGGUAAUAGAUACCUGGCGCUUCAGGGGUGGAUCAGUGCAUGGAACUGGCAUCACAGCUGGGUUUGGGCACCUUCUGCUGGCUGGGCCCUGCCAGGACCCAGGACUCUUGCUGUGAACUUGGUUGGUACUGGUCGGUCCCAGUCCCGUGUGGGUAUUUUUGUGGGCUCCUUUGACAAGGUCAUCUGUACCUGGCUCUGCGAGCUUCCCCACGGCAGUGCCCCCAGCUGGGGAGGCUCCAGUGUUGCGAGCUUCCCCAUGGCAGUGCCUCCCAGCCAGGGAGCUAAAGGAGAAAAACCCUCCUCAUCUCUUGUCAUGAUGUUGGGACUCUUACAUACAGAGGAGCUGCUCUUAUGGCAUCCAACAGAGGGCGGUAUCUGCUUGGGGGAACCCAGUUCUGGGAGGGGGGUGGGGUCUAGUGCUUAGAGCAGAGGGGCUGGGAGCCAGGACUCCUGGGUUCUAUCCUUGGCUCUGCACGGGGAGUGGGGUCUAGUCGUUAGAGUGGGGAGGGGGCUGGGAGCCAGGACUCCUGGGUUCUAUUCUUGGCUCUGAGAGGGGAGUGGGGUCUAGUCGUCAGAGUGGGGAGGGGGCUGGGAGUCAGGACUCCUGGGUUCUAUCCUUGACUCUGAUAGGGGAGUGGGGUCUAGUGGUCAAAGCAGGGGGCUUGGGUUCGACCUCCAGUUCAGGUAGGGGAGUGAGGUCUAGGGGAUAGAUCAGAAGGGGGGGGGGAGUUUGCAUACCCUCAGGGAGCGGGAGACACCAACUUUUGCCCCCGACCACUUAAAGGGCCAGAAAUCUCCUUACUCCACCUGUAGAAAUCCCACCUUCUGUUCUUGAAUGAUCCUGGGGAUCAGGGGACCCCUCAGCACUUAGACCUGGCAAAGGGAUGUUGAAGAGGAAGGUCAUGGCACCCCCACCCUUGGGAGCCGGUGGCAAAGAAAGGGUUAAAAGUCUAGCAAGAAAUGGCCCCUCUGCCCAGGGCAUGGGGGUGGGGGGGAAUGAAAGCUAACUAGCUACAUCCCCCCCCUCCAAUCAGUUUGAAUGGGGGGAGGCGGUGAUGAAAGGGUUAACCAUAUAGCUCCAUCCCCCCCUCACCAGGAAUGCGGGCGGGGUGGGGGGGAGAAUUGUAGGGUUAAAAAUAGCACCACCACCCUCCCCCUGCACCCUGAAGCAAUGGGGGAUCCUGGCAGUGCAGGAGUUAACACACAGGGGAGCAGAUAGUGGGGGGAGGAAUUCCCCACAGGUGUGGUGACCCCUAUUGCGGGGGGGAAUCCGGCUGGUAUCUGUGACGGGGGGAAGGUUCCUAGCCUGGGGGGUGGGAUGGGGGGACAUGCAUACCACACCAGUAACUAAGGAGAGAUCCCUUUUUAUUGUCAUAUAUUCUUCCCCCCCCUCCCCGUGCUGGGGGUGUGUGGCCCGGGGCCAACCCCCCCCCCCCUUAUUUACUCUGUACCAUAUGUACAUAGGACUGAGAGACUGCAAUAAACUUUAUUUCAAACA